UUUUUUGUGUAUCCCCGAACUAACACACUCCCUGUGAUGGCGACGGAAGAGAACGGGAAGGCAUACGAAGGGGGAGCAGGAGGCAAGUUCCGCAAACGCUCCUUUCGCAACAGGACCCCAACGACGCCGUACGAUCGUCCCCCAACGUUCCCCACAAACCCUAACACUAACAACCGUUGGUUCUCGAAGCUGGUGGCUCCCGCUCACAGGCUCAUCACUUACAGCGCCCACUCUCUCUUCUCCUCUCUUUUCCGCAAGCGCCUUCCACCACCUUCUCCAGAAACGGAACAGGAAGUGAGGAACAAUAAUCAGGAAGAAGCUGCUUUUGUUGCAAACAAUUCAUCUGGCAUGCAACAAGAACCUGUUGGUGAAAGUGAUGCUCCAAUCAAUUCUUCUGAUGGAGGUGGAUUAACUGAACUUGAGAAACUAUUAAAGCAGAAGACUUUCACCAGAUCUGAAAUUGAUCAUUUGACAGCACUUAUGCAUUCAAGAACUGUGAACACACCUGUCGGGGAAGAAGAGAAGGGGACAGAAAUGAUUCCCUCAGAACCUAUGUUGCCUAGUGGACAAAUACAAUAUCCCAAAGCACCUGCCCAAAAUUUGAUUGAAAAUGGUCUUGUUGUAACCCCACUUGUUACUAAAAGUUUUCCUAUUGAGGAUGCUGCUUCACCCGCGGAGCUUGCAAAGUCUUACAUGGGGAGCAGGCCUUCCAAGGUAUCCACUUCAAUUUUAGGCGUGCAAACUCCUGCACUCAGGGAGGAUCCAACUCAUGUAAACAGUGAAAACUUUCCUCUUAAAUCCCCUAUUAUGUCCAUUGUGCCAAGGGCUACUAGACAUGCUGCAGUUCAUGAAAAUGGCUUUGUGACCGCAAGAUAUCGUGGCAGAUCUGCAAUAUAUAGUAUGGCUCGAACACCAUAUGCCAGAAUUUAUCUAACAUCCACUCUCAAGGGUGGUGGGCAUACUUUUGAAGGUGAGCCAUCAUCUUCAAGUCAGUCUGCAUUGGAUCAUGACAUGCUUUGUAGAUCUAAACUAGGGGCAGUAAAGCGUAGAAGUUCAGUAUUGGAUAGUGAUAUAGGAUCUGUUGGUCCUCUACGUCGAAUUCGUCAGAAGUCUAGUCUUUCAUGCUUACCUAUUUCUGGUAGCUCUUUAUCUGUUGCUAGGAGUGGAAUGAUUGUGGAUGCUGCUCAGAGACACUCUUCUUCCAUACAGAAUCCCAUUCUACUGGAUGAAGUUAAGCAUAACCAUAUGAAAUUAUCUAAAGAAAAUGUGGAUGAUGUUAUACCUAGUUCGAGCUUUUCCCCUUUCCCAUCAGAAUCCAGUAAAAUGGCUUCAAAAAUACUGCAGCAACUUGAUAAGUUUGUUUCUCCAAAAGAAAAAUCAUCUGAAUUAAUGCUACCAAAUGUGCACGAUAAUUCACCAACAAAGUUAUCGGCUUCCAUGUUACGUGGACAGGCUCUUCGAAGCUUGGAAAUAGUAGAUUCGUCGAAAUUGCUGGACAGUGUACAUGGUAAUAAAUUAGAUGGCCAAUUUGGAACUUUUUCAGCAAGUGCUCAGAAUCAAAAGUUAAAUUAUCAGAGAGAUAAGGUUGAAAAUGGUUCAUUGAAGCUUGUUGCUUUUUCUGAUGGAUCACUUCCACUUGUAACAACUGAACAUGCUACAAACCCAAGGAAUCAAUAUUUGUCUGGUGCAAAAUCUGGGGAUUCUUUUAUGAUAAAAUCUGUUUCCAACCCUCCACAAAAUAAGGGGGCAUUCUGUAUGAGCGCACACGAGGAUUGUCUGGAUCUGGAUGAUGAUGCUUAUCCAGAUGGAGCUGGCUCCUUUUCCCCUGUUGAGAAAGAAAUGACGAGCUCCAUUGUUGUGAUUAAGGAAACUACCUCUGGCACUGAAGCAAUUGAACAGCAGAAUCCAUCAGCAUUACCUGUAAUAAUGCCACCUAAAAGUUCUACAAUUGAUGGUGAGGCUCAUAUUAGGACUGCUGAUGAGUCUAUGGUUGGUGAGAAAGUUGAUGCAUCAACCUCUACGACAUCAUCCAUCCCUGAUCCAACCUUCAAGCCAUUUACAGAAGCUACACAAACAAGUUUUGGUUUUGAGAAGCCUUCACAAAAUGGAUCAAUUGCUAAACCUCCUCUGUUUACUUUUGGGAAUAAAGUUGUUUCAUCAACAGAGUUAACUGCUCCUGGUGCUCCAUCAAAGGAGAUAGCCAUACCAGGUCCAAUAUUUGGUUUUGAAAAAGUGGCUUCAUCCAAGGAGCCUGUUGCUGAUGUUCCAUUGGUGGACUUAUGCCCCAAUAUUUUUUUUAACAAGGUUCCACCAAUGCCAUUUUCCGCUUCAUCAUCAGUUGAUGGAAAAUCCACUUUUCUAAAACUUGGUGCUUCUUCUGACCUAAAGCUGGGAAGCUUAAUCAGCUCAACUACUGUUGUUGGUACAACUGAUUCGAUGCCAAAAGUUCAGGAAUCUGGUAAUGGCAAUACUGAGACUGAUAUGGGUACUGGAUCUUCUGUUAGGGCAUCAGAACUAGCUAAUUCAUCUGCGGCCUCAACAUCAUUGUUGACAUCAUCCAAGAGUAUAUUCGCGUAUGGCCCCAAUUCAAAUCAAAGUAACGGGUGUCUUUUUUCAAGCCCUUCAUUUUCUUCUUUUCCACCUCUUGUAUCAAAUAAUCAGAAUAUAUUCAGUAGUUCAUCUGCUGCCACUAAUGCUACUGCGGAUUCUACUGGCAAUGGCAUGGCAACUACCACUUCUGCGACAAUUGCAUCAACUAAUAGCAGUUCCUCCACCCCAGUGGCGGCAUCUUCAUCAACAACUUCAUCUUCUGGUUCAGAACUGCCGGAAACUAGCAACCAGGACACAAGAAUCGGUAGUCUUAGCAGCACUGCCUUUGGUAGCACAUCUGCAGGGAGUGGUAUGUUUGGUUUUAACUCUUCAACAAUGACAACUGUAAAUAGCCAGUCUCAGAGUUCUGUCAUUGGUUCUUGCAGUAAUUCUGUGCUUGGUGCCCAGUCAUCUUCUGUUACAAGUGGGUUUGCAACUUCUACUCAGACACAGUCAGUUCUAUUUGGUUCAUCACCGUCGUCCCCUUCAUUUGGACUGAUUGGGAACACACUGUUUUCUUCGAGCAGUUUAUCAUUACCUUCAUCCAGUCCUUCAGCAAGUGGCACAUUUUCUUCUGGGAGUUCGUUGUUUCCUUCUUCAAGUUCUGCAUCAAAUGCUUUCAGUUCUGGCACUACUUUUGGACUUGGCACUUCUGCUUCCUCUUCAGAGGUCAACCCUGUUAUCUCCAAUAGUGGUGUAAGUUCUACUUUAUUUGGGUCUAGUUGGCAGACCAGCAAGUCUCCAUUUGCUUCUGGGUUUUCCUUUGGAACUUCCGCCACAUCUGUUUGUUCUGCCAGCUUACCGACGAUGUUUUCAUCAACCAACAAUGAAUCAACUCAAUUCCCAUUCACUUCAGCAGCAGCCUCUACCUCCACACAGCCUGCUUUUGGAAGUCCUAAUCCUGUCUUCACCGUUCCUGUCAAUAAUGAUCAGAUGAGUAUGGACAGUAUGACUGAGUAUACAGUUCAAGCUACUCCACGUGCGACUCCAAUAUUUGGUCAGCAACCUGCCCCAGUUCAAUCUAAUUUUGUAUUUGGAUCAUCAACUCCGUCAGGAGCCAGUCCUUUCCAGUUUGGUUGUCAACAGAAUAUUGCUUCAGAGAACCCUUCUCCAUUCCAGGCUUCUGGUAGUCUAGGAGGUAGUUUCUCACUGGGCACAGAUGGUGGUGGUGGUGCCAAAUCUGGUCGAAAAAUUGUGAAAGUUAAACAUAGACGGCGCAAGUAGGACCGUUAUUUAUGAAAAUGGUUACUUCUAUCGCUGCCGCAGGCUGCAACAAAUGCAUAAGCUCUGCAGAGUGAUUGCUGCUCACAUGGCAGUCUGGACAGGUGAGGUGCUAUAGCUAACCAGCAUAUGCUAAAGCUUGUCAUUCAUCUUUCGCCUUUCAUAUCUCAAUGGAGUACGAGGCUGAAAUAUUCCCAAUUUUGUAGUAGUAUGAUAUGAUGGAACAUGACUUGCCGUACUAGUAAUGGUUUUAGGUCAUAGAGUCCAUGAUUUGGCCAGUUGUGAUGAUAUCCACAAAGAUUGUCGUAUCCUCGCUAGUUGUAACAUAACCAGAAUUAGAAUCAAUUUAUAAUUUUGAAUAUAUUUGCAGUAUAAAUUAGCAUAA